AUGGGAACCUUUGUCGGUCACGUGUACCCCGGGCUGUUUCUACUCUCAUAUGGACUUUAUCAAGCCGUCGUGGUCUCCAAAGCCGUGAUAUUCAAUGACUCUCUCCUGCAUCCUUCAUCCCCUCCCGGGAACAAGGGGAGAUGGGCCAGGCUGUGGCAAGCAUCCUACGGAGGUUUGCUGAAGACGCUGGCUGGCUCCAUCCUGAUAGCUUACGAGAUCAGCUGCGUCAAAGGGGGGCUGAUACUGAUGAACAGGGAGCUGCCCCCGAGGUUCAUGUACGCCAAACAGUGGCAGCAUCUCACCAUGUUCGUCCUCCUCACCCUCCACGGCUUUGUAGACGUCACGAGCAGGAACCUGCUGCCUCAGCGCUGUCUGCUCCUAGAAAAAGGGACCCUGGUGCUGACUUGCUACGUGCUCCUGCUGCUGCUGGUGUCACACAUCCAGGACUCGGAAGGGGUGGAGCUGCAGACUCACGCUCUGCUCAUCUUGGUGGUGGCCCUGCUGACGCUGCUGCUGACGGCAGCGCUGUGGACUCCGGCCACGGCUCAGCUCUCCGUGAUCGAGACCUUUCUGUUUCAGAUGAUGGGCUCCUGGCUGAUACAGGCGGGCUUCAUUCUAUACAAACCAGUCACCGGCUACCCGUGGCAGGACGAUGACAUCAAUGACAUCAUGUUUGUCACCACCUUCUUCUGCUGGCACGUGAUGGUCAACGCUUUGUGCCUGCUGGGGAUCUACGGCGUCUCCUGCUUUUGGUACCAUUGUUACCGUCCCAGCGUGAGGCUGACCGGGUCCAGAGAUGCUCCAUGUCACACGAGCGCAGUGGGGCCCGUCUACAAACUGCUGCAGGAGGUGGAGCAGUCAGAGAAAGAGGACCAGGCUCUCCUCCUUCCUCAGAGCUCUGCCUGA